AGGUGGCGGUAGUGCAGCUCCGUUGUGCCGAAAAGUUUACGAAAAUGCAUGCUCCGAUUGUCGUGCUGAAUCAGAACGUGAAGCGUGAGCAUGGGAAAAAGGUGCAGCAGGGGAACAUUCAUGCUACGAAGGCAGUAGCUGAUGUAAUCCGAACAUGUCUUGGGCCACGAGCAAUGUUAAAGAUGCUCAUGGACCCUAUGGGUGGCAUUGUAAUGACGAAUGAUGGAAAUGCUAUCUUACGUGAGAUACAAGUUCAGCAUCCAGCUGCGAAGACUAUGAUAGAGAUUAGCAGAACCCAGGAUGAAGAAGUGGGAGAUGGCACAACAUCUGUCAUCAUACUUGCGGGAGAAAUGCUGUCUGCAGCAGAGCAGUUCCUUGAUCAGCAGAUGCAUCCGACAGUGAUCAUUCAGGCUUACAGGCUAGCUCUUGAGGACAUGCUUGUUGUGCUCAGGGACAACAUCAGCGUUGACGUUGACGUGAAUAAUCGCGCAGAAAUGAUGAAGAUUAUUCAGAGCUGCAUUGGCACAAAAUUUCUUGCUAAAUGGUCAGAUUUGGCAUGCAAUAUUGCUUAUGAAGCAGUAAAAAAGGUUGCACUUGAAGAGGGUGGGAAACUAGAAGUUGAUAUCAAGCGAUAUGCAAAAGUGGAGAAGGUUCCUGGAGGCACUAUGGAGGAUUCGAGGGUACUAGAUGGUGUCAUGUUCAACAAGGAUGUUACCCAUCCAAAGAUGCGCAGACGUAUUGAGAACCCCAGAAUCCUGCUGCUUGACUGCAAUCUGGAGUACAAGAAAGGAGAAAGUCAGACAGCCAUAGAAAUUGUGAAAGAAGAGGACUUCACACGUAUUCUGCAGAUGGAGGAAGAGUACAUUGAGAAAGUUUGCAACGACAUCAUUGCCUUCAAGCCUGACCUUGUCAUUACGGAAAAAGGUGUAUCAGAUCUGGCACAGCACUUCCUGGUGAAGGCAGGCAUCACAGCCCUGCGAAGGCUGCGUAAGUCUGACAACAAUCGUGUAGCUCGUGCCUGCGGUGCCUCCAUUGUCAGCAGAACUGAGGAAAUCAGAGAGGAAGACAUUGGUACCGGCGCUGGUCUUUUCGAGAUUGAGAAGAUUGGUGAUGAAUAUUUCACCUUCAUCACGAAAUGUAAAGACCCAAAAGCAUGCACCAUCUUGCUGCGUGGAGCCAGUAAGGACAUUCUUAAUGAGGUGGAGCGUAAUCUCCAGGAUGCGCUACACGUGGCACGAAAUGUCAUGGUGGAGCCAAAACUUGUACCAGGAGGGGGCUCUGUCGAAAUGGCUCUUGCACACGCACUGAAUGAAAAGGCCAAAAGCAUCACCGGAGUGCACCAGUGGCCAUACCGUGCAGUCUCUCGUGCUCUGGAGGUCAUUCCUAGGACACUUAUCCAAAACUGUGGUGGCAGCACUAUCAGAAUUCUUACUGCGCUACGGGCAAAGCAUGCAGGUGGAGAGAACUCGACUUACGGUAUCAAUGGCGAUGAUGGUACAAUCGUGGAUAUGAAGGACUAUGGUAUAUGGGAACCAGUUUCUGUCAAAGCCCAGACGUACAAGACAGCAAUGGAGACUGCAAUUUUGCUGCUGCGCAUAGACGAUAUUGUGUCAGGACAGAAAAAGAAGAAAGAUGACCAGCCAGAGGCACAACCAACUCAAGAGGCAAUGCAAGAAUAACCGUGUCUAAGCUUCAAUUUUGCUAGCAACUAUUGUCUGAAGGAACGUUCAUUAUGUAAUUUGCAAGAAUGUUUAUGUCUGGAAACAGCACACUGAAGCACGAUGUUCUAAUGCUGUUACGCACCUGCUUAUCUUUUUAUUUAUGAACAUCUGAAAAACCCGGUCUAUGUUCGUUUAUGAAGAGCUGCAAUGACUUUUUUGCAAUUUAAGCUCCCACUGAGGUCACCCACCACACGUGACAUGUCAAUUUGGCACUGGUAUAUCGAUGUGCAUUUUCGGAACAAUAAAUGAUUGCAUAAAAUAUGGA